AUCAGUCGCAGCGUCAUCAUGGCUUCAGGCGUUGGUGAGGCCAUCAGUCGAUUUCAUGAGAUCUGCGAUGGGGACGUGGCAGACGUGGCAGCGCUCUUUCACGGCCUUUUCCCCCACAAGCGCUUCAACCCUCAGACGCUGGGCAAGGCCCUCGGGAUCGGAGAGGAGAAGAUGCUGGAGGGGCCUGAAGUCAAAGUGACUUUGGAUCAACUCCGACAUGGAGUGCAAGCUGUGUCGGCGGAAGAGUCGGCGGAGGUGAAGGUGGAGGUCAUCGAAUCGUUCAUUGCGUUUGUGAAGGAGGAGAGGGACUUGCUUGCAAGGCAAAAGGGAGUGGAGAUCGAUGAGUCCUGGGCCAGCGAGCUUGAAGGGCGACUGCUCGCAAGCAUGAAGCAGGACAAGGAUCUGAUGGGACACUUGCAGGGAGUGAGAUCUCUGCACGACUCGUGGAGGCAAUCCUGCGACGUCAACGACGAGUCUCAGUUUCCGAGUGUUGUUGCUGGACCUCAGGUCCUGUCGAUGGACGAUGUUUUCAGAAUGUUCUAUUCGAG